AUGUGGCCAGGCAACCCACAGAAGUACCAGAACAGCUAUUAUCUCAUAUGGUUGGGAGAGUAUCACGGCCUUUUCGUUGGUCCUCUUUGCGCGAGGCACAAGACUCUGAUCAACGCUGUUCUCAACAUCUUCGGCUGGACAUGUACGAUUCUUUCCGCAUUUGUGACACCAAAGGUGGGACGCCGGACAGUGUUCCUUUUCUCUGCUGUGGGUAUCAACGUUGCUUUCAUCAUCUGGACAGUUUUAACAUCGCAAUACGACGCUCAUGCACGUCUCCCGUAUGGAAUAGGCGUUCUCGGGAUGAUCAUUGUCAACAAUUUCUUCACAUGCAUUUGCUGGAUUCCGUUAGUCGUUGCCUAUCCCAUCGAAACCGUCACCACCAAACAGCGAAGUAUAUACUUCGCUAUCACCAUACUGUCAAUCAGUGAGACGUCUUUUGUCCCGAGCUAUCUGACUCCUGUUGGUAUCGCUAACAUUGGAUGGCAUUAUUAUAUUCCAACUUGCCUUUGGAACGUAGUCUUGGUUUUCAUCUUGUAUUUCACCUUUGUGGAGACGAGGAGCUUGACGCUGGAAGAAAUUGCAACCCUCUUUGAUGGACACGAAGAUUUCGACAGUAAUGCGAUUGCUGUCAGCCAUGACAUGGAGAUGAAGACAGUGGAGCUUUUCACCCAUUAUGAAAGCGUUGAACAUAAAAUUUCUUCUGAAAAGUGA